AUGCCUAUCGCAGAAUCUAGUGAUCAAUACUCUGUAUGGGUAGGAUUAAUUUAUAUAUUCAAUCUAAUUGUUGGAACUGGAGCUCUUACCCUACCAGCAGCAUUUGCUCGAGCAGGAUGGGGUUUAAGUACAAUUUCCUUGGUAUUCCUAGCUUUUAUGAGCUUCAUGAAUGCUACAUAUGUUAUAGAAACUAUGGCCUGCGCUAAUGCAGUAUUUAAAUGGAAAAGACUGCAGUUUUUAAAACGAAGCAGUGUAACAGAGAAUGAAUCAGAAGAUGAAACAAUAGUGUCCCAAAAUGGGUAUGGCGAGAUGGAGGAUCCCCUUGUCUGUGGUGACUCUAUUCCUUCCCGCUACUACAGCUUGGAUAAUCGCAUAGAGUUAGGGGAGAUGGCCAACUUAUUCUUAAACAAAUCUGGGAGGACUAUGUUCUAUUGCACUCUAUGUGUAUAUUUAUAUGGCGAUUUGUCUAUUUAUUCUGCAGCAGUCUCGAAAUCCUUGAUGGAUGUCAUAUGCUCGCCAGUCCCAAAUAACUUAACAAAUGCGACAGAUUGGGAUAUUCUGCCUUGUUUCAACAGACCCGACGCCUCGUACACACGUUUCGACUGCUACAGAGUGGCGUUGUUAACCUUCUUCGGGGCGAUGGGACCGUUUGUAUUCUUCAAUGUACAGAAAACUAAAUAUUUGCAGCUCUUCACAUCGGGAAUGCGAUGGCUUGCUUUCGCCAUAAUGAUAUCGAUGGCGAUCCGCCUGCUGGCGGUGCGCGGGCCGCGGGGACACCCGCCCGCCUUCGACGUCACCGGCAUGCCCACUCUGUUCGGCGCCUGCGUCUACUCCUUCAUGUGCCACCACUCCUUACCGGCUCUUAUAAGCCCUAUAAGAGGAAAAAGCCACAUCGGACUCCAUCUCUCUCUAGACUAUGCACUCAUUAGCGUCUUCUAUCUCCUUCUAGCGUUCACAGGAGCAUUCGCAUUCGCGCAACUCAAUGAUCUAUACACACUCAACUUCGUACCAACAGAUAACGAGAAUAUUUUUUUGGAAAUUGUUGAAUACUUCCUAGCUUCGUUUCCGGUGUUCACGUUGUCCACUAGUUUCCCCAUCAUAGCGAUUACUUUAAGGAAUAAUUUACAAAGUCUAUUUCUAGAUACCAGUCGACUGGAGUCGUACAAUUUUAUUUUGAGAAAAUUAGUGUUCCCAGUUAUCGCGGUGAUACCGCCACUCUUGUUAACGUAUUUUUUGGAAGACAUAAGUAUACUUAUUAAAUUCACAGGCUCGUACGCCGGCACCGGCAUACAGUAUAUCAUACCCACUUUCCUAGUGCUCUCUGCGAGACGGCAUUGCACAAAUUUACUCGGUCUUGGCGUUGUUAAUAAAUAUAAAAGUCCAUUUUCCAACAUCGCGUGGGCCAUAUUUGUGUUGCUUUGGUCCGUUAUGUGUAUCAUUUUAGUAUCAGUGAAUAUGUUCGAAAAGAACUCA